CUUUUCCCUUAUUGGAUUGUCUCCCCUUAACUGGGAAGGGCUUAUUCAAAUGCAAUAAAUAGUUUAUGAAACAUCAGGAACUCUUAAUGUGUUGUGGAACUUAGAGGGAACAGCUGUUUAACAAGAAAACCCAAGCAAUCGCUGCCAUGUCGGGGAAACCAGUCCUUCACUACUUCGAUGGCAGGGGAAGAAUGGAGCCUAUCAGGUGGCUCUUGGCUGCAGCUGGAGUAGAGUUUGAAGAACAAUUUCUGAAAACUCGGGAUGACCUGGCAAGGUUAAGAAAUGAUGGGAGUUUGAUGUUUGAUCAAGUGCCCAUGGUGGAGAUUGACGGGAUGAAGCUGGUGCAGACCAAAGCCAUUCUCAACUACAUUGCCGCCAAAUACAACCUCUAUGGGAAGGACAUAAAGGAGAGAGCCAUCAUUGACAUGUAUACAGAAGGUAUGGCAGAUCUGGAUGACAUCGUUAUCCAUCACCCUUACAUUCCCCCUGGGGAGAAAGAGGCAAGUCUUGCCAAGAUCAAGGACAAAGCAAGGAACCGUUACUUCCCUGCUUAUGAGAAGGUGUUGAAAAGCCAUGGACAAGAUUAUCUCGUUGGCAAUAGGCUGAGCAAGGCGGAUGUUUACCUGGUUCAAAUUCUCUACCAUGUGGAAGAGCUCGACCCCAGCGUUUUGGCCAACUUCCCUUUGCUGAAGGCACUGAGAACCAGAGUCAGCAACCUCCCCACAGUGAAGAAGUUUCUUCAGCCUGGCAGCCAGAGGAAGCCUUUAGAGGAUGCAAAAUGUGUAGAAUCUGCAGUUAAGAUUUUCAGUUAAUUCAGGCAGCUAUGGAUACAUCGUACCCACAAAGCCAGCCUUCUAGAGCUUUGCAACAAUGAAGUGUUUUGACUAAAGUUUGACCCUGCUUAUUGGGAGGCUAACAUGAUUUCUAAGACUGCUGUGUUAAUUCAUAUACACACGACUGAUGAGGAAUUGCUUGGGUUGCUAUUUGGUUGUAGUUAAAAUUGAAAUCAUGGUCACUUCCUCUGAUGUUACUUUGAACUUCAAUAAAAAUUGAACAAGCUCCUUAGA